AUGGCUUCGCAGGACAGCAAGAAGAGCAAGAAGAGGAAGUCUGUUGGCGGCUCCUCGUCGGACGUCACUAUCUCGAUGGAGGACAGCAUGGGUGUUGGACCUGCUUUCGGUGAGUAUCGCUCAUGCAGGGUGUGGCUAACAGCAGUCAACUUCCCCGCGGUGCGGCCGAGCAAGAACACGCCUUUCGACAUCUAUUCAAGAGAAGACGACCCUUCAUCUUCUGCUAUCACGAAGCAGCACACCCUGAUCGCCGGCGAGACUGAGGAUGUUGAGUACUUCUCGACGAACCGGGAUCGUUACCAGGCCGGUGAGGGUCACGACUGCCAGUAUGUUCCUGCUGUCUACGACCCCUCGACGAAGACGCUGCACGUUCACCCCACCACGCCGCUUUACCUCCUUGCUCACCGCGUGAAGCGCAUGCGUGAGGCUCCUCUGUCGGAGACUCAGAGGUCAGAGCUGUGGAAGCAGAGGCGAAACGACCUUGGAGAGACGUUCGGAACGCGCAAGGCCAAGUCUCAGAUCAAGGCGGAGGAGAGGAACAAGGUUGACGCCAACGCUAUGCAGGGCGUCAAGGCGCGCCUCAUGGAGAGCAUCGGCGUUCUUGAAUCGAAGGACGAUGCUCAUUCCCGUUCCCGACCUGGAGACCAAGGAUGUCACGAAGGCGUACCCGCGCGAGUCCAUCAUUCCGGACAACCAGUGGGCUUCGAUCGACGUCCGACCGCUCAUUACGGCCGAGGACAAGGAGCGUGUCAGGUUGUUGCCAGCUCGUCGGCGAAGAAGCACAACCUCAAGAUGCUGUACUACCUCGCGUGCCUGCUUUCGUUCUACAAGUUCGCCGGCGGCCUGCACAAGCUGAACGCGACGGAGCUGCCUGCCAAGUUCCCGGGUGUGCCUGCGCAGAUUCUGAACGGCAUGCUCACCACAUUCGCCGAGCAGGAUGGCAAGAAGUUCAAGGUAACGGAGAAGUCGGGUACGAAGCUGUUCGCCUGGAUUUGCGUGUGCUUCCUGGCGCUGAACGGUUGGACCAUCGAAGUCGAGCGCGUCGCGCGCGAGCUUGCCAAGGAGACGCCCAAGGUCGUCGACAUGUUCAAGUCUCUCGGAUGCAACGUCGACCUGCCGACCCCAGCCGAGCGCGAGAAGAUGGGUAUCAAGCUCGCCGAUGCCAACAAAUUCCGCAAGGCUACUCUCAAGGCGCCGCUCAAGUUCCCUAAGACCAAGCGCAGGGGCCCUGCCAAGCGAUAA